AUGAGGACUUACGACGAUACUUUCUCCGGUCAGAAGAUCUACCCUGGAAAGGGCAAACUCUACAUCCGCGGCGACAGCAAGAUCUUCCGCUUCGCUACCGGCAAAACCGAAUCCCUCUUCCUCCAGCGCAAGAACCCCCGCCGCAUCGCAUGGACCGUGCUAUGCCGUCGCCAGAGGAGGAAGGGUAUCUCUGAGGAGCAAGCCAAGACCCGCCGCCGCAAGCAAGUCAAAUCCCAGCGUGCCGUUGUCGGUGCCUCCCUCGACGUGAUCAAGGAGCGCCGUUCGCAGCGUCCCGAGGCUCGUGCGGCCCAGCGUUCGCAGGCUACACAGGCGGGCAAGGAGAAGAGGGCAGCGGCCCAGAGCGCCAAGAAGGCGGAGAAGGCGAAGGGGGCGGCUAAGGCGGCGAGUGGACAGAGCACUGGUCGGUGA